UAGAGCUAGCGGGUGGUUUCAUUUUGUCCUUCAAUUGAGAGACAAGAAAGAGUUCAGGACAAAUCAAAGGUAAUGCUUGUUGACAAGCAUUACAAUUCCUCCAGAAAAUGAGGGGCCUCCAAGCUAAGGAGACCAUUGUCGCUAAAGGAGUAGGGAUUUUUAUUUGGUUUUACUGUGUCAAACCCAGUUAUUUCUCUUCCCUCCCUGUAAUCAUUGGUCCAUAAGUAUCUAUAUUUCUCUCCUAUAACACAGAACUUAUAUGGUAGGUGAUGGUAAAGAAACUGACAAGCCAGGAAUGCCCUCCCUUCUUGCCGCCAACAAGCUAUUUGAGACUAACAAAAACAAAACACUCUUGAAUAUAGAAGUCCAGCUUUUACUAGUUCCCUGCUGGGGACAAUCAGAAUAUAGUGGAUGUGUAGUCCCCUCUGUAAAUGAUUAGGUCUAGUGAUCUCCAUUUGCACAUACUCACUGGUGUACCUACCCUGCAGCCCCUCGCCCAUCUUCCACUUCCUUCCUCUUCAAAGGCAGCAUCGGCUUUACACUAGAAGAAAAUGGGAUCGCUAGCAUAUUCCCAGUAAGAUCAAAAGUUAAUAAGCAGAAAUUAAAUGUCUAUCUUCAAGUUUCUAGUUAGGUGCGGAAGCGCAACCCUUUGGAGACGAUGUUGGUGCUAAACUGCUCCACCAAAUUACUGACCCUGGAGAACAUGUUGAAGAGUCACUUUCCUGAAUCCCUCAAGGUUUAUGGAGCAGUGAUGAACAUAAAUCGUGGUAAUCCCUUUCAAAAGGAAGUAGUAGUGGACUCAUGGCCUGACUUCAAAGCUGUCAUCACCCGGCGACAGAGAGAGGCUGAGACAGAUAAUUUUGACCAUUACACUAAUGCAUACGCUGUGUUCUACAAAGAUGUCAGUGCUUACCAACAGCUAUUGGAAGAGCAUGACGUUAUCAACUGGGACCAAGUGUUUCAGAUACAAGGGCUGCAAAGUGAAUUAUAUGCUGUUUCCAAAGCCGCUGCCAAUGCAAAGCUGUUGGACUUGGAUAUAAAGCUGUCUUCCUUCAAGGCUGUCCAUUUUUCUCCUGUUUCGUCUGUGCCAGACCACAAUUUCCUAACUGGGCCUACCCCAAGACUGACCUACCUGAGCGUCUCAGAUGCUGAUCUCCUCAACCGGACUUGGUCACGUGGCGGCAACCAGCAGUGCCUGCGGUACAUAGCCAAACUCAUCGAGUGCUUUCCCAGCGUGUGUGUGCGUGACGAGCAGGGAAACCCCGUGUCCUGGGGUAUCACCGACCAGUUUGCGACCAUGUGUCACGGUUACACCCUACCUGACCAUCGCAGGAAAGGUUACAGCCGACUGGUGGCCCUCACACUGGCCAGGAAGUUGCAAAGCCGUGGAUUCCCGUCCCAGGGAAAUGUCCUGGAUGACAACGUGGCUUCUAUAAACCUCCUGAAGAGUGUCCAUGCUGAGUUCUUGCCUUGUCGUUUCCAUAGGCUUAUUCUCACCCCUGCGGCUUUCUCUAGACAAACUCACCUUUAGCUCACAGAAACUCCAAGAAUGUUCUACUUUCCCUGAAUAUACACCCCGUUUUAGCUACCUGUGAAGUGUGAAUUAAACCAAAAAAGCGUAUCAUUGAAAAGGGUCUGAAAAACGCAUGCAAGAUCACCCGGAGAAACCUUUUCUGUCUUAGAUUUCCACCAUCAAGAAUUCUGAGGGCUAGGGUCCCAGUAACUAUGUCUCAGAAUAGAGGGUGUGUGUCCUCUGUGAGGACCUACUGCAGGGAAGAUACCUUUAAAUUCAGCCGUUCCUGGCUCGUGUAGAAACGGCUGCAUGAGAAAGUGUGAUAUAAUGUAGGGCCAUUGGCCCCCUGCUCCAUAGUCUCCAGCCAUGCCACUCCCUCCUGCUGUAAAAUCUUCACGCUCACGACCUGUCUUGGGUCCCCUUUUAGUAACUGACUGCUGGUUUUGAGGGUGACGUUAGCUAUAGCUCUUCCGUAGGAGUGGUUUAUCAGAAACCCCAGGCUGAGAGAUUGCAACACAGAGGCCGACCUGUUCCCAUAGCUCCUGUUGCAUUGAGCACCUGGCAGAACCUGAGAAUUAGGAUUUCCCAGGUUUCCUUCUCAUUUGCCUUGGAUGACCAACUGUCAUUGUAAGACAAGACCUUACCCGUGAACUCUUCCAGACACCUGAAUGAUAAUCUGCUUGUUUAUGAAAAUCUGAAAUUCACAUAUAGGUGUGUAUGAGGUUAUAAAAAUGGCAGAUAAGAUGUGUUGCAUGCAUAUUUUCUAUAGGAAUAUAUUUAUAAUCCUUGAAUAUUGAUAUUAUAAUCAAUUUUAAUCUUAUUACAUUGAAGAAAUUUGAAAUCUAGAGGCAAUAAAUCCUUCAAGAUUACAUUUACUAUGAUUAGUACUGGAAAGCCAGAAGUCUGUAAUUUUUAUUUUAGUUCUCGAAUAGUUAAAUUAUUUUAUUGCUAUUUUCCUGUUGUGAUUCAUUUUUAUGUUAUUUGGCCUCUGUGUGUAAAUCAGAGGAGAAUAGAUAGGGGGUUAAUUUUCUGUUUCCAUUAUGUGGGUCUCAGACCUCAAACUCAGGCCAUCAGACUCAGUGACCAGCACCUUUAUCUGACACGUCAUCUCAGCAUUCCUGUUAUCAUUAUUUUAAAUUUAAUUUCCA